CGUCAUCUUUUUUCAUUCAUUCGAUUCCACCAUCUUUUUCACGAAAGUUGUUCUUCCUUCGUGUUUCGCGUGUGUAUGGGAAAAAAAAUUUUUUCUUAAAAGCAUAAUUUAAUUAAUUUUAAAAAAAUAUUUGUUUCAAUCUUUUUUUUUACUAUAUAAAUAAAACCUUUCAAAAUGUCGGACAAUGAAAAUGGUAAUGAUAAUCGUAAUGGUAAUUCAAACGGCAACUACGAUGAAGAGGGUAUCACUGAACCCGAACACAUGAGAAAACUGUUCAUUGGUGGUUUGGAUUACCGCACCACUGACGAUUCUCUAAAAGGCCAUUUUCAAAAAUGGGGCAACAUUGUCGAUGUUGUAGUAAUGAAAGAUCCAAAAACCAAACGUUCGCGUGGUUUCGGUUUCAUCACCUACUCGCAAUCGUACAUGGUUGACAAUGCUCAAAAUGCCCGCCCCCAUAAAAUCGAUGGACGUGUUGUCGAACCAAAGCGCGCUGUACCCCGCCAAGAAAUUGACAGCCCCAAUGCCGGAGCCACUGUUAAGAAAUUGUUUGUUGGCGGUCUGCGUGAUGAUCACGAUGAAGCAUGCAUUCGUGAUUACUUUAAGGAUUUCGGUACAAUUUUGAGUGUCAAUAUUGUGACGGACAAAGAAACCGGCAAACGACGCGGUUUUGCAUUUGUUGAAUUCGAUGAUUAUGAUCCAGUGGACAAAGUAGUGUUGCAAAAGACCCACAACAUCAAGAGCAAACUUUUGGAUGUUAAGAAAGCCAUUGCCAAACAGGACAUGAGCGGUGGCGGCGGUGGUGGUGGCGGUCGCGGAGGUGGCGGCGGAGGCGGCGGUGGCCGUGGAGGCAUGGGCGGUGGUCGUGGCGGAGAUCGCCAAGGAAACUGGGGAGGUGGCGGCGGCGGCGGUGGUCGCGGCGGCCAAGGCAACAACUGGGGUGGCAACUCUGGUAACUUUGGAAACAAUGGCGGUGGUGGCUACAACCAAGGUGGUAGCGGUGGAGGUGGUAACUGGAACAGUCAACCAGCACCAUGGAACAACAAUGCCGGUGGUGGUGGCGGCGGUAACGACUGGAGCAGUGGUGGUGGAUCCGGUGGUGGAUUUGGAGGUGGUUCCGGUGGCAACCAAGGCGGAAACUGGGGAAGCGGUGGUGGUGGUGGCGGCAGCGGAGGUAACUUCGGCAACGACUACCAACAAAGUUAUGGAGGUGGCCCAGCGAGAAAUAACUUUGGAAAUAACAGAGCCGCUCCAUACGGAGGUGGUUCCGGCGGCGGUGGUGGCUUCCACAAAAACGCCGGUGGUAUGGGUAACCAAGGCGGCGGUGGUGGUGGUGGCUUCGGAGGAGGCAACUAUGGUGGUGGACAAGGAAACAUGGGUGGAAAUAUGGGUGGUGGAAACAUGGGCGGUGGAAACAGGAGGUAUUAAUAGGUAAAAAUGCAAAUAUACAGACAGAAGAAUGUGACAGAAGAUAGGCAGAAUUCUAAGAAAUAAAGAAAAAAAAAUCAAAAAAACAAGCGAUGAGGUAGAUAACUGAGGAAUUUAGUUCCUACCUUGACUAAAAUACAAACAAAAAACCAAGAAAAGCAGAAAGCUAAAUAAAAUUUUACUGCGUGCGUAGCCGAAUCAUCAUGAUUAAAUAAUAUUUAUUACAAACAAUAGGUAGUAUGUAGUCCCAUCAUCUAUCUUGUUUAUUUUUUUAUUAAAAAAAUUUGCAUUUAUUUUCUUUUGACCAACUUGAGAUUUUUUUAGAAAAUUGAACUUAAAAAUAUAAUAGUUUUAAAGCUUUUUUUUUAAAGAAAAUAUCAAACAAACAAAAUACACAUUAUUUAUAUAUAAAUAAAAAAUCAUAUAUUUAUGACUCUAAAACAUAAUUUUCCCUCCACAAAAAUAACAAAAAACAAAAUUAAGAACUUCUGUCAAAAAUAGCGUUGAUUUUUUUGUUUAAAAUUUUAUAAAAAAGAAAAAAAAAAGAAUCGAGGCAAGAACGACAUAAUAGAAAACC